AGCUUUGUAAGCAUCUCAAUCAUGGCAACAUCUGCUCCAUUACAGUCAAUCUCUAUACCAAGAACGGAGAAUAGGACUUUACCUACGCCGCAUAUAGUCUAUGCAAUCUUGGUCACUUUACCGGUCAAAUCAUGGUUCAUAUUUCGAAGAUAUAGCGAAUUUGUAACACUACAUCAAAAUUUUAUCUCUUCGGCUCGAUUUGGCGGAUCACCUCCUGCAGCUUUACCACCAAAGCAUGUCGCCCGGACAACGUUGAAAGCCAUUACCGGAUUGGGAGGAUUAAUGCCAAAAGGUGAAGCAGCACGACAGACGGAAGAAGAACAGCUAAGCGAACGUAAAGAUGGUUUGGAGAAAUACCUUCGUGCGAUCCUUGCAUCACCUGAUGAUCGAUGGAGAGAAAGUGACGAAUUUAAAGAGUUUAUAGAAUUGCCUAGAGGGCAAAGCACUUCGGCAGCCUUGGGCACAAAUGGAACCGCUUCGGCGGGAAAAAGUGGAGAGAAUUCUUAUACAUCAAGAAGGUAUAUGCCAGGCAGUCUUCCUUCAUCGACAGAAGGUGGAGUAGGAUCAUUCACUCGCACACUAGGCACAAAGCCGAAAGAGCCUGCAAAGGAAACAGAUGCAACCCGUACAUUGGAUGAUAGAGGAUUAAUGACAUCACAACAAGCACAAAUGGAUACGCAAGAUCGUCAAUUAGAAGGAUUAGCAGCAAUUCUAAGAAGACAAAAAGCAAUGGGAUUAGCCAUCAAUCAAGAAUUAAGCGAACAAACGGAAUUGUUGGACGAAUUGGAUGGACAAGUGGAUCAAACGCAAGGUAAAAUGCGUCAAGCUGAUAAAAAGAUGGAUAAGUUGAAAUGAAUUUUGUCCCCGUUGCAUUAAUUGCUGAGUUUUGUACAUUAAAGUCAUUAUGAAAAAUACCAUGCUCUUUCGUUAUGGUCUGAUGAAUAUGUCAAAUCGGGCC